AUGUUCUUGGGGAGAUUCCUCCUGCUGAAAAAUACAUCCAAUGCAAGGCCUCCAGUGAUGGCUGCCAUCUGGCUCGGCAUCUUCUGCUCUUUCAUCUGCCAGGUUGUACCUGAAGCUGUCACCAGUGAGCUUCAUGUGGAAGUUCCAGAAAAUUAUGCAGGGAACUUUCCUUUGUACCUGAAGAAGCUGAAACUGCCCCCUGUGCAUUCAGAAGGCCCUGCUGUGGUCCACGUGGCUGGAGAUGAAAUUGCAGAAGGUCUUUUUGGAGUGGAAUCCGAUUCUGGCUUCCUGUUUGUGACCAGGCCCCUGGAUCGUGAGGAGCAGGCCCAGUACACCCUUCAGGUGACAAUCACUGCCGAAGACGGGAGCCUCCUUUGGGGCCCACAGCCCUUGAUAGUACAUGUGAAGGAUGUGAAUGACCAUGUGCCUCAGUUUACCAAAGCUGAAUACAUAGGGACCCUGAGCCAGGGUACACGUGCUGGCGUACCCUUCCUCUACCUCAGUGCCACAGACGGGGAUGAGCCAGGCACAGCCAACUCAGAUCUGCGUUACCACAUCCUGAGUCAGACUCCAGCCCUGCCCUCCCUGGACAUGUUCCAGCUGGAGGCCAGGACAGGGGGCCUUGCCCUCACUGAGAAAGGAAGCUCUGAGCUUGACCCUACUAUUGUGAGCCAUUACCAGUUGCUGGUGCAGGUAAAAGACCUUGGAGACCAGGACUCAGGACACCAAACCAUGGCCACUGUGAACAUUACUGUGGUGGCCAAUACUUGGCUCCCUCGUGACUCUAUCCACCUAGCAGAAAAUCUCCAGAACCUCUGCCCCAAUUCCUUCACCCAUGUGCACUGGAGUGGUGACGGUGUGGAAUAUCACCUGGAGAGCCAGCCCCCAGGACCCUUUAAAGUGAACACAGAAGGAAACAUCUGCAUGGCCCAGGAACUGGACCGGGAGAUGCAAGAUAAGUACCUGCUCUCUGUGUGGGCCAGGAACAUGGAGGGCCUGGCCUACAGUGACCCACUGGUGCUAACAGUCCUCGUGACAGAUGAGAAUGACAACCCCCCUAACUGCCUUCCUGCUGAUUCCCCCUCCGAGAUCCUUGAGCUCAGUCCCUCAGGCAUGGAGGUGACCAGGCUUCAGGCCACAGAUGCUGAUGACCCCACCUCUCCUAACGCCCAUGUGGUUUACAAGCUGCUGAGCCAGGAACCUGCUGUACCUGAGGGGUCCUCCUUCACUGUGGACCAUGACACAGGGGCAGUAGCGGUACAGGAUACCCCACUGAGGGCAGGAGAACUCUACAAACUGUUGGUGCUCGCUGCUGACCUGGCUGGAGGAGAAGGGGGUCUUAGCAGCACCUGUGAAGUUGACAUCAAGGUCCUGGAUGUGAAUGACCACGCCCCUGUGUUCACAGCCUCUCAGUACGGACCGGUCAGCCUUCCCGAGGAUACAGUGCCAGGGACCCGAGUAGCCACAGUCACAGCCACAGAUGCUGACCUGGACCCAGAGUACACCCUUAUUGACUUCUCCAUUGUGGAAGGAGACCCCAAUGGGACCUUUGUCCUAGACUCAGACCCGCAGAGUGGCCACGCAGACAUUCGACUUCAGAAGAAACUAGACUACGCUUCAGCCCCAAGCUAUGAGCUGGUGAUCAUGGCAAAGAACCUGGCGGAGCUCGUGGGGUCAGGGAUGGACCCUCCAGUCACAGCCACCGUGACCGUGUUAGUGGAGGAACCCAUGUGGCCCCCUAUUCUAAGCCAGGAGAGCUAUGAGGUCACCAUCCCUGACAGCACCCCACCAGACACCUUCCUUCUGACCAUCGGGCCUGAGGAUCCCCAGACCCCGCCACUCAGGUUCUCAAUGAUGAAUGACUCUGAAGGGUGGCUGUCCAUUGAAGAACACUCCGGGGAAGUCCGAACAGCUUCAAAACUGGGAUCAGGACAGCCUAAGGAGACAUAUACUGUGCAAGUAGUGGCUGAGAUCAUGGACCAUCCCAGCCUGACUACCACUGCAGCCCUGGUGCUUCAUAUAGUGCGGGAUCCCCCACCUCCUGCUCGAAAAUCCCCCUCCCUUCCUGCCCCUGUCCCCUCCACCCUCCAGAUUCUCUGCACUCCCCAGGAUGGGCCACAGGGAGUGGUCAUCAGUGGACUACAGCAGGGGGGAGAGCAUGCUGCUGACGAUGACCCCUAUUCCUUCACUCUGAGUGAUGACCCCACAAUACAGCGAGAAUGGAGGCUCCGGGCACUCAAUGGCACCCAUGCUUAUCUCACCAUGGCCCUCAGCUGGCUGGAGCCCCAAGAAUACUUUGUCCCAGUUUUCCUGACACACUCAUCCCAGACCCAGAAACUCCAAAUACGAGUGAUGGUCUGUUUGUGUAACUCAGAGAGACAAUGCUUGCUCAAAGUGGGUCGGAUGAAGGGGAUGCCCACGCUGCUUUCUGCUGUUGGCAUCUUGGUAGGCACCCUCGUAGCAAUAGGUUUCUUCUUAAUAUUGAUCUUCGGCCACUUGGCCCUAGCAAGGAAGAAUGUGGCACAGCCACCAGACAGCAUCCCCCUGAAGUCUUCUGUCUGA